AUGCAGCUGAACAAGCUAGCCUUUGCCCUCCUCGCCGGGGUGACUCUUGCUCACCCCGGUGAGGAGCACCACCAUGAUCGUGCGGUUGAGCUUAGCAAGCGCGAGUUCAAGCAAGCCGCCCGCCGCGGUCUCAGUGCCUGUUCUGAGAAGCUGAACAAGCGUGAUGGAAUGCUUGAUCGGGCCGUCAUGCGCCGCGCUGCCACUGUUGUCAAGUACCGCAAGCAGUUGGCCGCUCGGGACACUGACACUGGUGAGACUGGCCCAUACUGGGUCAAGGGCGAAUACAUUCGCAACAACCUUCGUGAAGAUCAACCUGGUGUUCCUAUCGUCAUUGAGGCCCAGUUCGUAGAUGUUGAGACUUGCCAGCCCAUUCAGGGCCUAUACUGGGAUGUCUGGAACUGCAACUCGACCGGUGUUUACUCCGGCCUCAUCGCUACCGGCAAUGGUAACACCGACGACCUGACCAACUAUAACGCCACUUUCCUCCGAGGCGUCGCGAAGUCCAACUGCGACGGUGUUGUCCAAUUCGAGAGUGUGUUCCCUGGUCACUACUCCGGUCGGACUACCCACCACCACAUGGUCGCCCACCUCAACGCCACCGUCCUGCCCAACAACACUCUCACUGGCGGCACCGUCGCUCACGUUGGGCAGGUCUUCUGGGACCAAGAUCUCAUCUAUGACGUCGAGGCUACUUACCCUUACAACACAAACGACAUUGCCAUUACUACCAAUGCAGACGACCGCGUCUUUUCUACCGAGUCGUCGGACAACAGCGAUCCCGUCUUUGAGUAUGUGUAUCUUGGCGACGAUUUGAGCGACGGCCUGUUCGGUUGGGUCACCAUUGCUGUCAACACGUCGGCUACCUACGACCCCAACUACUCGUUUGUCUGGACCGAGAGUGGCGGCAUCGCCCAAAGCGGCGGCACCGUGUCUGUCGAUGGUGGCUCGGGCGAUGGGGGAGCACCCAGCGGAGGAAAUGGAACAUCGCCCUCGGGAUCACUCUCGGGUGCCGUACCUAGCGGUACAGCUGCCCCUUCUGCAUAG